AUGAAUGUCUGGAAGUAUAGGCACCUCGGAAUGAUUGUGUUUUCCGUAUCCUUGUCUGCAAACAUUUCCAUUCCUCCCUCUAGCAUUGCAAUGCGCUGGCGUCGGGAGACUCUUCGUAUGAUGUUGUACAUGGGAAUACCAUGCGUCGCCUUCACCAUGGCAAAUCUACCAUUUGCGUCAGAGACCAACAUUCAUUCGAUUCGCCUAUCGUACUUUAAGCGGACUGGGGUCGAUCCCUUCCCGAAGGAGCCGGAUGAUACCACUCGAUGGGUGGCAACUUUCAGUAUGAAAGACUGCAACGAAACAAGCUGCAAGUUUGAAGCCGGUUCCAGGAUCAGUGGCCAGAUGAAAUUUGACUUGGUUGAGAAAGCAGACAAACUCGGAUCUCGCCUAACGCUGGAGACACCGGCAGGUCUGGAGACUGUGAUGGAAUCGGAAAAUAUCUGCCCAACCACCUCACCCCAAUGCCCUUUACUUGCAGGGAUUCCCUAUACGUACAACUUCUCGGCUAUCGUGCCUGAUAAACCAUCUUUCAAUUAUCGACCAAUGUACCUUGAACUACUGAAUGGAACAGCUCGAAUUUUGUGCUUCAAAUGGUACAUACGAAUCAAUGAGAUUGACAAACCACCGACGGAGAGCGAUUAGUCCACACCUACCCAUGCGGAGGCAAUUCCUUCAUCUGUGUCCUGAUUUUAAGACCACUGUCAAAUUCGCACACGUCUACGAUCACUUCUAAUACAGGCC